AUGAUAAUAAUAUCAUAUAAUAGACAUUUAAUUCUAAAUUUUUAUAUGAUUAUCAUCUCAUUGAUAUUGUUCACAUUGACUAAUCUACAUAUAACACUAUCAUUGACAUUAGAAUAUCGUAUACAGAAUGGUUAUUUAGCGAAACCGGGUGAAUUUCCAAUGAUUGUAUUAUUACUGGGUGAAACACAUCUAUGUACUGGAACAAUUAUAUCCAGAGAUAAAAUAAUAACCGCUGGACAUUGUGCAUGUGGUGAUUCAACCUAUAAAGUUUACGCAAAUAUAACUAAUUUAAACGGUCGAUAUUCGCAUUUUGUACAAUAUCGGGAAGCUUUACAUGCUGCUUAUCCUAUUGCUUAUCAAAAACAAUGUAAUGAUCUUAACGCUGGUUUAACUGAUACACAAGAACAACUUGGUGGUUCACCGGAUAUAUCAAUUUUUACCAUUGACAAACCAUUCAACCUAAUUAAUGGAUAUAUCGAGAUAGGAGAAUUAGAAUAUGAUAAACCAAUAUCAUCAGGAGAAAGUGUAGAUGUUUUUGUAGUGGGAUAUGGUGAAGACAGUACAAAAAAAGCAACAGGUCAAUUACGUUUUGGUAUUAUAAAACUUUCCGAUUGUCCAAAAGAUAUUAAAAUUCCAACUGAUAGAGCUCUUUGCUCUAAUAUGAAUACAAAUAAUCAAGGACCUGAUAUUGGAGAUAGUGGAGGUCCAGUGUUCGAUAAUAAUGGACGAGUGAUUGGUAUCACUUCAAUAGCUGGAAAUGGUUGGUAUGUAUUCUCUAGUAUUGCUACACAUAAACAAUUUAUCAAAAUCAAUUGA